AUGGCGCCCUCAAACGAAGCAGAGGCAUCCGCAUCGGCCAACAACGAGUCACACGCAGAGUAUUGUUUCAGCCUGGACCUCAUGGCGUACGAUCACGGCAUCACCGAGCGAGACCCUCAGCAGAUACUGCGCUUGGGUGAGCUCACCAAAGACACAAAAACUUCCAAGGACGAGAACCUCAAAGCGGGCCAUCUCAAUCCAUUCAAGCCAUCAGUACUGCCGAAUGCAGACGAGCUGGACUACAGCGAGGGAAUGCCGGGCGUCAACAGUGGUAUCUGGAUUGGAAUGAUACCAAGCAAAGAAGCAAAAGAAAGGUCAGAGGUCGUGCAAGUGGGGGAGGGCAAGGCGAAGACAAGAGGCUCCAACGUGAACGAUCUCGUCCAGGUCAAACUCAUUGCCACCGACGCCAAUGCAUUGCGGGCCAUUGUGAAGCGUGGCGGAUCGACCGCGGUGUACUACGCUCUCACCCAAAGAGAUGGAAUCACCGGCUUGUGCAAUGGGACACUCGCCGCAAUCGAAGAUGUGUUUUUCUUCCGCGAAUUCAGGAAUGACAGCCUCAAGCAGGCGGCUGAGCGUAAGAUGCAGUGGGGAGCGUUGGCCAGACAGGCGGCCGGCAUCAAAGACAAGGACAGGGCAGCCAAAGGCACGACGUUGAGUUCACUGGGCAAGGUCGCGCUCACUUUACAGCGACAGGCUGCCACUGAGACUGGUACACUCUGUUCACAGUAUCAGCAGACCGGGAAGGCAGAGUAUCUCGAGCAACUCAAGCGGGUCCUGGAAGUGCAAGACGUCGGCAACAAUCAUGAGCCUCUCCUUAGCAACAUCUCGCUGUCCAAACUCAUCGACAACCUGGAGAAGCCCUCCACCGAACUAUGCGAAGCCGCUUGGAAGGAGAUCGAGGUAUUAUGGCCACCAGUAGCAUCCGUCCUCACGUCAGAGAAGCUUGAGGAGAUCGCCCGUUGUCUCUUCGCCAGCAAGAAAUCAAUCCCUUACCAUCUGGUGCGCCACUUUCUGGUCAUUUGUAUGGAGGAGAUUGACAAGGUUGAUGCGGAUUUCGAGUCACUCGAUAACCACGACACCGCCACAAUGCUUGUCGACCGGACGAUGGAUAAGAUCGCCCUGCUAUGUGGCGAAGGUGGUUCGCCACCAAAGGAGGAAGACACAAACAGCCCCGCCCUCGUACAAUGGCUGGAGCAAGAAGCGAAGGAGCAACUCGCUGCCGCAAGCCUUUUCAAAACCCAGCUCGCGGAGGCUCAGGAGCAAGGCGGCGACACGACUGGACACACAACGUUUGAAGACAUCUGGCAGGACUUCGGCAGCGUGAUGGAUGUAGACUCAGCGAAGCUGAUGGGCGUUCAGAUCUGGCGUGCCUGCGCCGCUCGCAUCGCGGAGAACUUCUGGCCGAUCGAGGCGAAGAUCAGAGAGAAGGCACGGCAGUGGAGGACCAUGGCGAAGGAUAUCGAAGAAGUGUUGUCGGAAGCUGACGAUGAGACUGGAGGGAACGGUGGAGCUGGAGGGAACGAUAAAGAGGAGUGA